AUGAAGGUUUUCAUCCUUUUGGUUGCUUGUGUGGCGUACGCCAGCGCAGGUAUUUGUGAGGACGUGUGCAGUCCUCUGUGCAAAACUGGCGCCACGGCAGCCGGCGCUGCGAUCAGUGGAGGCACCGCGGCCGCUGCUGCUGGCGCCGCUGGAACCGUUGUCUGCGGCCCAAGCUGCAGCACGGUGUGUGACCUGGGCGGUAAAGUGGUGGACUGGGUCGGCGGUCUCUUCGGCAAACGCGACCUCAAUGAGGGAUGGGUCACGGUCAGGACCUGGGAAUCUGUCUUUCCACGUGCCUUCUCUGCUUACGACACCAACAAAGAUGGCCUUAUCUCUCACAGAGAGUUUGUCAACGCCAUCAGUGCUGAAGUGAGAGACCUGCAGACACUGAGAGUGUUCAAGAUGGCCGACUUGGACGGUGACGACCACAUUAGUCCUGCAGAACUCAGAGCCGCUCCAUUCCGCUUUGGGCCAUGAAAUGCGGGACAAUGAACAUCAGCAAUUCCUUUUUUUUUUUUUUUUCUAUUUUGGCUGACUGUAUUUCAUCACAGAUAAUAAAGGUGUUUU